UAUCUUUCUGUCAAAGCGUUCUUUGAUGAAUUCGUAUAAUGAGCAAGGAGAGUAAAUGAAUAUGUAAAUGUGACGUAAAAUGUCUUUACCGGGGCUUUUCAUUUGAGAUAUUUGAAAUGAUGUAACAUAUGCAGCAAUAUAAAGAAAUAUAAUUGAUUGGUACUAUGUUUUAAAAAAUGCCAUCUGAGAUUAAUGUUAAAAAUAUAGGUUCUGAAGAAGAUAAUGGAGAAACUGAACCUGAAGAACAAUCUGUUACGUUAUUAACAGUCGGCGUGACAAGUGAAGAAUCUUCAGCUACGAUAAAUCAUGUGGAAACCAAUACCAUAAGAAAUACUAGUAAAAAAGUGAUUAAGUCUGAUGUUAGAAGUGAUUUUAUAGAACAGGAUAAGAAUCCUUCUUUGUCAUCAGAUGUAAACUGUAUGUCAAAUGAAAAUGAUUUACAGCAACAAAAAGCAUCUUCUAAUGAAGAAGUAAUUGAUAAAACAAGUAAUAUUCAGGUAUCGAAUACCCUUGAAGAACUAAGUGCAUGUUCUGAAUCAAAAUGUAAUAAAGGAAGUGUAAUUUCCAAGAAUGCUGGUGCAGCUGCAUUAGCAUCGGGUUGUGAAAUUGAUGAUAUUGCUAGUGUUUCAAGUAGGUUGGAUGAUGAAAUUGCACAAAACUCAAGACAAAAACAUUUAUCAUUGUCUCAUAAAAACUUAACAAGAAAGAAGUGUUUCUUGGCAAGUAUAGAUAAUAGUCCUGGAAAGGUAAACAGUUUUGUAGAACAGCUUCCUUUAUCUUCUAGAAACAUGAUCAGAAAGAAACAAUUUUUUAGCAAAGAUUUGCAAUCUAGUAGCACAGAAUCACAAUAUGAACAGAAUACAGGGGACAAACAUAACAAUAAUGAUGACAAUGUUUUACAACAAUUUAGUUCUCAAUUUAGUACUCACAACAGAGAUUCUAUGAAAGAUGCUUGUAGCUUACCAUUACAGGGUAUAGCUUCAUGCAGUUCUGAUGAACCAUUACAAUUUCUGAGCACUUCAAUAAGUGAAACACAUAGCAAUGAUAUUGUUAAUACACAUAAAUCAUUAAGUAUAACAGAAAAUAAUAAUAAGAGUAUAAGUGAAAAUUUAAGCAGAUUAAAUGAAGCUGGUAGUUCACACACAUCUAAAAGUGUGCCAAAAUCACAAAACACGUUAACAGAUUUAGUACAUUGUAAUGAUAUUACAAAAAAACCAUUUAAACUGCCAAUUUUAGAAAAUUUAUCUGAAGCUGCCAGCGCUCAGCAGCAUGAGCUGGAAGAAAAUGCUGUGGCACUAUUGGAACCAUCAUCAACUAAAGAAGUCCAAGGCAUUGAAAUAGAACCUCGUUCUUCAAACAGUAGUGAUGCAAGUAAUUCUGAUACAGAAUCACAACAAGCUGUUCUAGGUCAUAAUGGGACCAAAAAGAGACCAUGUGAUACAAAUGGUAUUGUAACAAAAGAAGGCGUGGAAUAUUAUCAAUUGUGGCGAAGUACAGAAGGCUUUUCAUUUCCUGAAGGUUUAUAUGAAACAUUGUAUCCAAAUCCUCCACCACUACCACCACGGGUAACGCACAAACUUUUACAUAGAAGUAAUGCUUUACCAACUGGUCCACCAGAAUUACCCAAAAGACAUCCUCAAAAAUAUUCUGCACCCUUGCACCCUGAAGAUUGUUUUGGAUUUGAAAUUGUAGAUGUUGAUGAAGCUUCUAAUUCAAAGUCGCGGAGAGCUGUUACAAAAAGUAUAGCGCUGUUAAGUUCACCAAGGCCGCCUAGACCAUUAGAAAGACCAAUAUCUGGUUUAACAAAUCCAUUAGAGUGUCCACCAACACCUACGCAUCGUCCAAAGCCAUUGCGUCCGUUACCGAUGUGUCAAACAUCUAAUGUACCAUUACCAUCUGAGGAACCUUUGCCACCAUCAUGGGAAGCAAGAAUCGAUAGUCAUGGUCGGGUGUUCUACAUAGAUCAUAUUAAUCGAACGACAACUUGGCAAAGGCCCAAUUUAACAACACGGAACACUGGCUGUGAUCUUCGGAGGCAGCAAUUAGACAGACGUUAUCAGAGCGUUCGUCGAACUAUUUCUCGACCCGACAAUAUUGAUCGCGAGCCGUCUAGUUCGCAACAUGCAAAUGGAAAUAAUUUCGAGAAUAUGGAACGACCGAAUGAACGAGUCGAAAGAAUUGAAAACGAACCAUUCGAUAUUAAUACGAGUCCUCCAGUAUUAUUUUUAACGAGACCCGAUUUUUUCACAGUAUUACAUAGUCAUGCAGAAGCAGUGGAAUUGUAUAAUCGUAAUCCCAGUUUGAAACACAUGAUUAGCAAAGUUAGAAGAGAUACAGCAGUUUUUCCGAGAUACGAACAUAAUAGAGAUUUGGUUGCAUUAAUAAAUUUCUUUUCCGAUCCAACUAAAGAACUUCCAAGAGGCUAUGAAUCAAAACUUGAUAGAACAGGCAAAAAAUUUUUCAUUUGUCAUGCAAGAAAAGCAACAUCUUUCAUUGAUCCAAGAUUACCUACUGAACCGACUCACACACGAACAUUAUUGGAUGAAGCACCUGUACCUCCACCUAGACCACAACAGUCAGCUAUUACAACUACACCCGAUAUACCUGUAGCUUAUAACGACAAAGUUGUUGCCUUUUUGCGCCAACCAAAUAUAAUGGAUAUCCUAAAAGAAAGACAUUCAGCAUUAGGACAAAAUAUUGCGCUUCGAGAGAAAGUAAAUACAAUACGAAUUGAAGGGACGACUGCUUUACAACGAUUGGGACAUGACGUACCUCUAGCAUUAUUAUUAAGUUUAUUUGAACAAGAAAUUAUGUCAUAUGUACCUGGAAACGUAGGCAGAUCUCCAUUAGGUAGUCCGCAUGCUUCGCCUGGCUUAACAAGAGCUUCUGCUAGGGCUCCAGCUCCAUAUAGAAGAGAUUUUGAAGCUAAACUUAGAACAUUUUAUAGGAAGCUAGAAAGUAAAGGAUAUGGACAAGGUCCAGGAAAAUUAAAAUUACAUAUUAGAAGAGAACAUUUUCUGGAAGAUGCUUUCACUCGUAUUAUGGCUGCUUCAAAAAAGGACUUGCAAAAAAGCAAGUUAGUUAUUAUGUUUGAUGAGGAAGAAGGUGUAGAUUAUGGUGGCCCAUCCCGUGAAUUUUUCUUUCAUCUAUCGCGCGAACUUUUUAAUCCUUAUUACGGUUUAUUUGAAUAUUCUGCUAACGACACUUAUACCGUACAAGUGUCGCCAAUGUCAGCUUUUGUAGAUAAUUACCAUGAUUGGUUCAGGUUUUCAGGCAGAGUAUUGGGUUUAGCUUUAGUUCACCAAUAUCUGCUUGAUGCCUUUUUUACAAGACCAUUUUAUAAAGCUCUUCUGAGAAUACCAGCGAGUUUAAGUGAUUUAGAGAGUUUAGAUCAAGAAUUUCAUCAAAGUUUAAUGUGGAUUAAAGAAAGAGAUAUAAGUAUUGAACCAUUGGAAUUAACUUUUUCGGUCACGGAAGAACUUCUGGGCCGAGUAGCUGAACGUGAACUAAAACCAGGAGGAAGAAACAUUGCAGUUACGGAGAAAAAUAAAAAGGAAUACCUUGAAAGAGUUGUACGUUGGAGACUUGAGCGCGGUAUUGCCGAACAAACGGAAUCUCUAGUUCGUGGAUUUUAUGAAGUCGUAGAUCCACGAUUAGUAUCAGUUUUUGAUGCACGAGAGUUAGAAUUAGUAAUAGCUGGAGCGGCAGAAAUUGAUCUUAACGAUUGGAGAACGCAUACAGAAUACAGAAGUGGUUAUCACGAUGCACAUCCAGUAGUAGAAUGGUUUUGGAGCAGUAUAAGCCGAUUUACUAAUGAACAACGAUUGAGACUGCUACAAUUCGUUACUGGUACAUCAAGCAUUCCAUAUGAAGGAUUUGCAGCUUUACGUGGAUCUACAGGACCACGGAAAUUUUGCAUUGAAAAAUGGGGAAGGCCAAAUAGUUUACCCAGGGCUCAUACAUGCUUUAAUCGCUUGGAUCUUCCACCGUAUCCUACGCCUGAAAUUUUAUACGAAAAGCUUUUAUUGGCUGUAGAAGAAACAAAUACUUUUGGAAUAGAGUAAGAGAAUUUGCUAUGAUUACAGCAAAUGCAUAACGAUAUAAGAAAAACAUCAAGGUUCGUGUUAUUUGAAUAAAGCAUCAUUACAGAUUUAAAGAUAGAUUGGUAAGAUUGGUAAUGUAUUCUACUAUCCAAAAAUUCAUGAUCGGAUUUUUACAUUACUACAAUCAAAACUGUAUCAAAAUGUAAAUAUCUAACAAAAACAGUUGCGCAUAUUUUGAAAAUUUUAAAUAUUGUAUACAUAUUGCUGUAAUCUAUUUAUAUUAAAACUAAAUAACGAUUCGCGUAGUACAUUUCUUGUAUAAAAAUUAUAUAUUUAAUACAUUAAGAAAAAAUUCUUAGGUACGAAUAUAUGCAAUUAUUUCUGUUCAAACUUCUAUAGUUCUAGAAAUUGUUCGGAAAACAUUGUAGAUAUAUGUGGUAUAGAAAAAACUGAUUUUAAAAUUGAUACAAAAAUAAGCGACUUAUUUAGCAUAAUUUCUACAAAAGCUUCUUUUCUUUAUAUUUUGUAAAAAUACUUUUACAAAUUUUUUAUAAAAAGUGAAGAGCAUUUAAUAUCGCAUUUCACAAAAAUACAUAAUGCAGCUAUGUAGCUAAUUUAUUCUGUUGUCUACUUAGUUUGUAGGUAUAAUACUGAUUUCUAGUCUGUACUUUUAAAUAUUCAAUUUUGCAGCUAUUUUUCUAAUAUUUUCAGACAUUCCAUGUCAAUUUAUUUAAUAUUUUCAUAAUUAAUUUACGAAGUUUUACAAUGAAGCAAAAAAAAUGUUUAUAAAACAAAAAUUUUUUAUUGCAUAUUUAGUGAUAUCUUCUCACAAGUAAUCAAGGCGUUUUAUAAACAUUCUUCCAACGUGUUUUAUAUAAUUUAUCUUCAAACUAAAUAAAAAUUUCAAGUAUUUGGUAUUAAUCAAGAAUGUUUAAAAUGUCCAGAAAAGCAGUUAAUGAAUAAACAAUGAAAAUAUGAAUAGUAUAUGAAGAAUACACAGUCAAUGAAAGUAGUAAGAAUAAUCAAUCAUCAUUCAGUUAUUAAUUUCACAUUUAGUAUUAUUUAGUAUAUGUUUUAUAGAAUUUUAUUUAAUAUGUAGGACAUCGUUUGUAAUUCGUUUAUUUAAUUCUUUAAAACUAAUUUUAGAAAAAACUAUACUAAACAAACGUUAUAAUAUUACUUGAAGAAUUGGAGAGCAUGUAGAUGGUCCUAUACUUCAAGAUUUAGUCUACCUCUUGAACUUUAAUCUCGCUUUUGCGGCAUUAAUGUAAAAAAUUUUCAUCUGUUAAUCAUUUAAUCGUUCCUCAUCUUAAAAGAAAAGAAAACAUGUAUAAUAUACAAACGGGUUCUGUAAUGUGCAAGAGAUAAUACAAUACAACUUUAUUUAUAUUUCUCCUGACGCAAAAUCAUAUUACAAAAUAAAUUUAAUGAAAUUGUUUAUUAUCUAGUAAAAUUCAAAAUGAAGUAUUAAAUAUCUAUAAAAAUCGGUAAAAAAAAUGAUGAUUAAAAAUGACGAUAUAAAAUAUGAAAAACAUUUUUAUAUUAUUUACUCUUAAAAUUUCGUUUAAGUGAUUGUUUGGUUUUGUGUGAUGUUAGUAGUAACAACGUCGAUAAAUAACAAUAAUAACAUUAAUGUAGUAAUAAUAGAAACAAUAUUUAUUAAAUAGAAAUACUAAUAUUAUGUGAUUGUUGAAGAUAAGUUGCACCUUAUAUUAUCUGUAAACUAGUCAUAUAGCAUGGCAAAUUAUAGACUAUUUAGUACAUACUGUACAAGUUACAGGCAUUGUAAUAUUAGAUAACACAUAACAUUUACAAUGAACCAUGACUGUGUGAGAGCAUUCUUUACUUUAUUGUUAAAGAAAAUAAAAUGUGCCUCUUUUGUUAUGUUA